GCAAGUGGCUGUACAAUUUCUUACAACUUCAAUCCACGACCACUCGUUGACUAAUCUACCCUUUACGACUUUCCACGAUGAUCAAGGUUCAGCGCGUCUUCCACCGUUGAAUGUCUGUCUGCUCAUGCUAUUGACAGAUAUGGAGCAUGAAGAAGAAUGAAGAAGCAGCGGGCAGGAAGAAGCCAAAGACCAGUGCAGCUCAGAUACGAGUUCAGAAAGACUUGACAGAGCUGGAUCUCCCAUCGACGAUGAAGACGCAUUUCCCUGACCCUGCCGAUCUCCUGAACUUCACAUUGACAAUCACCCCCGAUGAAGGAAUGUACAAGGGUGGCGCCUUCAACUUCUCUUUCGCUAUCAACAGCAAUUACCCUCACGAUCCUCCAAAGGUUAAAUGCACACAAACGAUAUAUCAUCCCAAUGUGGAUCUAGAGGGGAAUGUAUGUCUGAACAUCCUACGAGAAGACUGGAAGCCCGUUCUGAACCUUAACGCCGUAAUGGUCGGUUUACAAUACCUAUUUCUCGAACCCAACACCGAUGAUCCUCUAAACAAAGAGGCAGCUCAAGAGAUGAGCAAGAAUCGAGAUCAAUUCUUAUCGCAUGUCAGGUCUUCCAUGCGUGGUGUAAACAUCAAGGGUGUUCAAUACACUAAUGUCAUUGUCCAAUGAUUAUUGAUUAUGCAUAGACUAUCCGUUUGCCGUUGUGCGCUGUACAUUGUUCUUCUAUCCAUCAUACCCUCAUCUACUAAUCCAAGCUGUGCAUACACACAUUCAUCGUU